AUGGACAAGAUCAAAAUCAACCUUCCCCUGGAACCCUCAUCUCGUUCCAGAUCCAGACUGCCUUGCAAGUCGCCAUACCUCUCGCCAAGAAAGACCAACUACCGCGAGCGGUCCUCGGAACGCUCGGCUGAAAAGCUCCAGAAAUCGACCCUCUACAAGAAAGAUAACUCGUCUCUCCAAGACUUGCCAUUGCUGAACACCUCUUUCCACAACAAGGACAAAAUGCCCCAAUUCAGGGAGGACCAGGACGGAAGAGGCCGUUCCCGUGACAGGGACGAGCAGCGCAGCGCAAAGCAGCGUGGCGACGACAUUGCUGUGAACAACGAGGAGAGAAGACAGUCAGUGGAGAGCAUGGACCCUGAUAUGAUCAGUUUGAUGGGUUUUGGCGGUUUUGGAAGCACCAAAGGCAAGCACGUCAAGGGAGCCAAGGGUGGAGCAAUCAAAACUGACGAGAAGACCGAGUACAGGCAGUACAUGAACCGUAACAAGGGCUUCAACCGUCCGUUGAGUCCAGGCAGGUGA